AUGACCGCUCGCGGUCCGGCGGGAUACCCCGCGGCCCGCGUCAGGCACGGGUUCACCCAGGACGGUUUCGACACAGAGUUCGCCCAGCAGAGGCCCACCGCGAAGGGUCGGAUUGUGCCGCGACUUCGACGCGCGUUGGGACGCAAGUGGAAGCGGCGUGGCGUCAGGUCACGGCUGCUGGGAUGCUUCCCCAUCGCGACCUGGUUGCGCCACUACGACGUGAGGCACGACCUGCUUCCGGACCUGCUCACGGGAGUCACGCUGGCCGUGUUCCACGUGCCUCAGAGUUUCGGCUACUCCCUGCUGGCCGGGGUGUCACCGAUCUACGGCCUGUACACGUCACUCUUUCCCAUGCUCAUGUACGCAGUUUUCGGCACCUCCAGGCACGCCUCUAUAGGUGCCUUUGCUGUGGUCUCAAUCAUGACUGGCAAUCUCGUCGAAGAAAACAAGAACGAGUACACCGCCGCUGAAGUUGCCACGGCAUUAUCGUUUCUCGUGGGCCUUUAUCAGGUACAGCCGGGUCACGACUGCACAGUGUCCAUCUACAGGAUACUCUUCAGAGAAAAAGUGAUCAGGGACAUGAAGGCCCUCUGGCAAGGGGGACAAGAGAAUGGGAAAAGUGUAUUGACGGCUAUUUCGAACAUUUUAUGUGCCUUUGUAUACUUUAUGUGCCUUCUGCCUGUGCUAUUGAUUACGCAGCUACUGUUCGGCAUGCUUCGGCUGGGCAGCCUGAGCGUCUUCCUCUCCGAGCAGCUUGUUAGCGGUUUCACAGCCGGCGUCUCGGUGCACAUAGGCUCCAGCCAGCUGCCAGGACUGUUCGGCAUCAACGUCACCGUCUACUCUGGCCCUUUCCAUCUCAUCAAGGUGCGACAUGAAAAAAAAAAAAGAUUUCGGCAGAAACUUCUCCUUACGACUGUGGACGGCUACAUCGACUUCUUUCACCGCAUAGCGGAGACUCAUCUACCCACACUCGCGCUGUCGGCAACUAGCUUCGUCAUCAUGCUUCUCAUCAAGAUACUACUCGAUCCAGUUCUGCUCAAGAAGAUCGGCAUUCCCUUCCCCAUCGAAAUGGCUGUUGUCAUUGUCGGCACACUGUUGUCACAUCAUCUAAACCUCGAAGGUUACAACAUGAGCGUCAUCGACCACAUCGCGCACGAAAUGCCCAGGCCACACUUGCCUGUGUUCUCAAUGCAACUGCUGUCGCGCGUGGCGGCGCCGGCUCUCGCCGUGUCGGUGGUCAGCUACGCCAUCACCGUCUCGCUGGGUCGCAUAUUCUCCAGGAAGCACAACUACGCCAUAGACCCAAACCAGGAGUUCCUGGCCUUGGGUGCGUGCAAUCUGUUCGGCGCAUUCUUCGCUUGCUUCCCGGUAGGGGCGUCAGUACCGCGGAGCUCCAUACAAGAAGGCGCUGGAGGCAAGACGCAAGUCGUCAGCUUCGUCAACUCUGUCAUCAUUUUCAUCGUGAUCACCUGCCUCAGCUCCUACUUCGAGAAACUUCCCGUGGCCAUUCUCUGCACGAUCAUUUUCGUUUCACUCAAGAAAGUGUUCCUUCAAGUAAAAGACUUCCAGCGCUUCUGGAGGAUAUCGAAGAUCGAUGGCAACAUUUGGAUGGUCUCAUUUCUGGCCACAGUGGUGGUGGAUGUGCAGUUUGGACUCGUCAUCGGAAUCAUUUUCUCGCUACUCACUCUAGUCUACCAGAUCAAAAGGUUAGUCCCUACUUUAUCAGAUGAAACUCGCUUUAAGAAAAAAUAAAUUGUCAUAAAGUUAGCUGCAGCAUAUACGAUAGCAAUACAUCCAUUGACAGGUACUCUUAAAUAGAUUUUAUGACAACUCCUCGUCUAGUACCUCUAGAUUUUUUUUUCUUUCAAGAAGCGGCAAAGAAAAAAACAUUGCAGCCUUUUGUAUCAUGCGAUAGCAUUUAUUUUCGACAGUGUGUCGCCCCACCAAUUCUCUUCAAUCUGGCGAGCUACUAGGGCUGCCUCGAAGCUGAACUAAUGUAAAAUAGUAAAUUCUCGUACUUUGCAGGGCUCAUUCCAUUAAAGCCACGGCUGCGGUGCAAGUGCUCUACUAUGAUUUCGCAAGCGCAAUGCAAUGCCCCCAAUAUGGGUUGCGUUGUAACUACUUCUCAAAAUGGU